GAAGAGAUCAUUCAAUUUAAUGCAUACACUGCGAUCCUUUCUUUUCUUCUCUCAUCCUUAUACCCAUUCCCCUAGCUAUACACUCUACUCAUUCAUAUCCCACUACAUUGAAAGCACAAUUUGAGCUGGGUUAAAAAAAAGAACCCCCGACUUUUCUUCCAACCGCCAUGUCUACCUCAUCUUCUAACUUCGUACAUAAUGUUGUUCGUGCAAUUCAACUGGCGGUCUCCAUCUCCAUCCUAGCGACAGCAGCAUUCCUUCUUCACUAUCGAACGGAAGCUCAUUCUAAUUUCACAAACGAACCUCUGUUCUCAUGCAUCUCUGGGAGCGUUGCUUUCAUUUAUGCAUGCUGGGCCAUUCUUAACCGUCGGCGACACCCUGAAAACCAUAAAUGGAUCUAUCUUCAUGGGCUAUGUUGCCUCAUUGUCUGUGGAUUGCUGAUCACAGCCUCGAGCUUAGCGUUCAUUUACAUCAAAGAUGGAAUUUUGUGCGAGAGAUUUGAGGAUAUACACGGUACUCAUGCACAAGGCAGUCAAUCGAACCUUAACAGCUUUGCGGAUCACCCAGAAUACGAGGAAGGACGUCAAUAUGCGCCCGGCACAAUAUGUGAGAACAGUUACGAAGAGAUGGACAAAGCUUGUGCAGUCAUGGGGAUCUUGGGCGCCUUAAUGUGGCUCAUCGAUUUCGGGCUAAUCUUUGGACUCUGUGGGUCUAGUAGCGCUUACAAUGAUCAACGUAGACGUCGCCAGCGAGGGCAGAUUGGGCCCAGUGACCCAGAAGAUUGCUAUGUUGCUGAAGGCGUUCAAAAUGGAAAUGUUUCGCAACAGCAGGAUAACAAUAGGCAGGGUGUUGGGAUUGAGGUACCAGACCACUACCGUUGUGACACAAACCAACGUAAAUAUGCAUUGCAAAGGUUAGGGCAGAGGACUAUAGAGGGCUCUAAGAGUCAUAUUCAAGAACCGAUCCCAUUGUCGGUUCAACAGCAAAAUUAUCUCAGUGAUCAUAAACACGACCGAUAUAUUUUCGAUCCUUCAAUAGCAGUAGACGCCUCAGAAGAUCGUGAAGGCAAAACGGCAACCACACCAUCAACCGAUCCGAUACCAUUAUAUAGCGUUGACAAUACCAAUUCAAUUGAAGCCAAUCAACGUUAUUCAUCUCGUAACGGGAGCUUAAAGGCGCCUAUAUAUGCUCUUUCCCCACCUCCUCUUCCACAUAUAAUGGGGGAACAGCCUUCAGAACCACACUCACGCUCUGAACAAGUGACACAAGGGAUAGAAAAAUAUCCACUUACAUCACCAACAAUGACCAUGUCCGAGUCAUUUCUCCACCAUCAGCAGCAGCAACAAGGGCAACACGAGCAACACGAGCAGAAGGAUUCGUCGACUGAAAAUCAGCUGGCAGGCGCAAAACUGAUAAAAAGCAGCCAGAAACCGUCUGCGUCUCAUACUAUAAUCAGCGCGCCCCCGACUGUGCCCUCUCUAUGUUACACUGAAGCCCCAUCCGGACCUACUUGCUAUAUUUUCGACUCGAGCUCACACAAUUAUCGUCCUGGUUUUGUCAAUUUGGUGACACGAAUCGAGAGGCAACAAAGCCGCAAAAAUGUUGCGAAACCGGAACCUACAACAUAUGUGCAAUCAUCCACGUCGCUGGGCUCUACUCCACCAAUAGGAUUCAGUAUACAAAAAGCUGGACAUGCAACUGACGUAGCAUCUAGAGAUGAAAGUAGGACGGUAAUUGGGAUAGAGUCAACUACUUUACACCCCACAGGAAUAACAACUACUAUACGAAGCCCUAUUACCCAUAGCCACUCCAGAACGGGGGACUCAUACUUUACUACGACGACUGAAUCAACUACAUUACCUAUUGGGGCGGAAUCUUCAGAGAAACAAAGCCAGGUCAACCUGGAUCAAACGCUCGAUAAAGACGACAUCACACCGCAGUUGGUUACGAAUCAGUCUGAAAAGAAACUAGUUAGAGUCAAACAUCAGACAUCUAACUUAUCAGCAACGACAUUGAAAAUUCAUAAUAACAAACAUAGCGACAUCAGUUCGGAUUGUACGGGUCCUGCAUCGCCAACCUUGUCGUCGUCAUCAAGAUCGCUUUAUAUUGGUGAUUUCUAAAAAGGAAAAGUAUAAUAAAACUUUAAAUGGUAGCUUUAGUUGUUCAGCCAGAAGCCUUUUUUGUCAGUCAAUAACGAUGGAAGUAGGAGAUAUACCUAUAUCCCUCAUCAGAAUGUAAAAUAUAUCCCUUAGCAAGAAAG